AUUACCUCGUGUCUGCCACCUUUUGGUCGGCACUUGUCUUCCCCCCCUUUCCCCCUUAUACCUUUCACAAAAGAAGAAAAAGAAACAAAGAAACAAGAAGAGAAGUGAAAAAGAGAAGACAGUGACUGGUCUCAGUGUACUGGCGAGGCAGUCAAACUUAAUCCUCAUCUAAGAUUGCAACCUGGACGGGCAAUGCAGGAAAACCUGCUCGCUCUAAACCUGGUCUGAUUCAUCAACUCUCACGGCCAGCAUAGAUCUCGCCUUGGAGAACAAUUUCCUAGAUCAUGGCAACAGCCCAGCUCUCAGCAUCAGGCGGUAGUGUGCCUACUAGGCUAUCUACAGGUCAGGAGGUGCAGGAAUAUGAGAAGAUUCUGAGAAUAAGUGACGAUAUCUUUUCUGGAACUCACCCUAGAUUGAAGGUUCCUCAGCAGUUUGUGCGCAAGACUGCCUCGCGCAAUCCCCCUGCCUCCUCAACCCCAUCCCAGGUAAAGACAGGAGAACAGCACAGGGCCUCCCCCAAGAACCAGGCCCCGACCGCCCCUUCGACUGCCAAAUCAGCCCACACCCAGAGCGGCGGUGUUGGGAGUAGCUCGUCGGGGGCGGCGACCGGGGCGUCGCGUAUCAUCCCCAACCCUACCUCGGAAAUCGAUCCGAUCUUCCUGACCAAGUCGGAUGAUCUCGUUCGAGCAGAGCUACAGCUGCAGCGGCAGAGGGUGGAGCGGGCGCUGCGGGAGCAGCUGGAUCAAAGAAGACAAGAAACAAGGCAGAAGGCCGCGCUCCAGGACGCGAAGCCGGACUUUGACGUGUCCGAUGUGCUGGUCAAGGCCUUCGAGAUGGUCAAACCAUCUCCGUCGGCCGACGGCCGUGGCAACGGAGAGCCCGGCGACUCGUUUGACGAGAAUUCGUUCUAUUCCAGUAGAGCUCCUGACUCUCCUCAGCAGGGAGAACCGCAUAAACCAUCUCCGGCCCCUCAAUCUAACUCUGAGGAGCUGGCUACUGAAGGCCCAGUAGAGAACUAUUCAGAUGAGUUGCAACGGCUCGAGGCCCUCAACAGAACUGGAUCGGAUCAGGAUAUGCAAGAUACUUACCCAGUGGCAGGCCAUCGAUUACCCUAUGGUCAGAGGCAGCCGCACCAUGGCGAAGUUGACUACGCAUCCCGCAAAUACCAGGACCCCAACCAAGCGACCGACGCGUUCGAAGAGCCGGAAUACUCGCCGCCUGCGCCUGGAAUUGCGCCCAUGGAGAGGGAAGACAAUUAUGAGAUUCAUAGGGAAUAUCCGAGCGGAACCAAACGACGUGCGCCCGAGGGCCGACCGGCCGACCGAGGCCGCUACGCUCGACGAUCGGUAUCACCGGGCGACGAUAUGCGGAUCGUACGAAACCACAUCACGUCGCCUGCCGCUCCACAACCAUCGAGAGUCUCCCCGUUGGCGAUUACCAAGGUGUCUUCCGUCCCACAGUCGCGUGCGGACUUCGCUCCGGAGCGUCACACCAGCCCUGAUGUUCCUGCCUAUCCUUUGACGUCCAGAAAGCGUAGGAGACUGCAUGAGGAUCGAGUUCGAUCUCGUCCAUCGUAUAAGGCACAAGCCACCGGAGCUGCCGAUGAGGCAUACAUCAAAGAAGAGCCCGUCUCGCCUCCACCGUUUACAGAUACCCCCCAGACAUACAGAACCCGUCAGCCUCAGGAACGACCUGUGUACAUAGACAUCGCCUCUCCACAGUAUACUCCGGUGGUGGAGAGAAGAGAGCCGCCUCUGAGGGAGCCGGGAUACGAGUAUGAACUCUAUGACGCUCACGCAGAUCCUAGCGCCCAAAGGACUGUCUCCAGACUCAGUGUGAGACGUCCGAUGCGCGACGAUCAAGAUCUACGACGAGUCGCCAGUCUACAGCACCAAGCUCGGCAACCAGAAUACGCUCGGGAGUAUAUUGACCAAGCUAGCCCUCAUUCUUUGCGUGCAGGAUCCUACGCUAUCGUGGAACGUCCGCCACAGGACCGAAUCCGGUAUUAUGACGAGCUAGCCCCGUCGUCCGCUCGACACUACGUUCCUGCGGGAGAAGUGCCGAUGUCGCCCAGACUCCGGGAGGCAUACUACGAGGAGGCCCCGGGUCGCAUGAUGGCACCGCCUCCGCGGCGGAUCGUGGUCGACGAGCACGGUAAUCAGUACUAUGAGACGGUUCCCGCUCCGCGAAUGCAAGCGAUGCCUCUUUCCGCUAGCAGAACCCCGCGGGGCGAUGUAUAUGAUGACCGUGCGGUGUCAUUACGCCACGCGAGCCUGCGGGCGGCGUCUGUCGUUGAAGAUCCCUAUGGCGGUCGGAGGUACGUACAGGAGAUGCCCCCUCCGCCGGCGGCUUACCGACGCGUCACCGACUACGGUCGGCCGGUCCCGGGUGAACGGCGACCUUACGCGGGCGCCGCUGCUGCAACCGUUGCCGCCGGCCCGGAGGACCGGGACGUCUAUCCACCGCGUAGCGCCAGCGUCCAAGUGACAGAAUAUGCCGCCCGCCGGCCUCCGCCGUACCUCAACCUUGACGAGGCCGAACUGCCCCGGGAGCGAAUCGUACGGAUGCCGAGCGUGCGUCCCCCGUCGGGACGGUACGAGGAGCCGCGCGAGGUCAUCCAGCGCGUGGAGAGCGUCCGCCCGGGUGGCGCGCGCGACGCGAGUGUGUAUCUGGACGAUGGAACCCGGCAGCCGCGCGAAUACGUGGAGCGGCCCGUGUAUGUUGCAACGCGACCUCUGGCGCGCGAGGAGCCUGUUCGCUACUAUGAGGGGGGUGUUCCGAAUCCCGAGCGAGUCGUUUUGGAGGGAGCACCGCGGGCGGAUGUAGUUCAUCGAGUUCCUCCGCGGUACUAAAUACUUUUUACUUUCGCAUUUUCCGUCUGGUGAUUUCGUCCGAUGAUUUCAACCGAUGAACAAAGCCAUAUAUUUUAUUGAUUUUCAAAUCCCGACUCGUUCUUGGGCCUAUCUCAUUGUACUUACAAAAGCAAGCAAGCAAGAUGCUCGGGGGCCCAUGCCACUUUAUUAGCAUGGUGGUGGUGUAUAAUCUAAAUCAUGUCGAGCAGCGUUC